GGUGUGUUGGGUCAUUGUCCUGUUGAAAACAAAUGAUAGUCCCACUACUGUAUAUAUUUUUUGUAUUGUCAUAAAUAACCUUGUUCCUCUUCCAGAUUGUAGCAUUUCUAUAACCCCAAUUCAUUGUGAAGGGGAUGCAGGGUAAUGUAUAAAGUACUUCAUUAUGUAUUUGGAAUUAUUUGGGAACAUUGAUAAAAGUUAACGAAUAUGUGUUAUUGUAGUUAUUACACAUCUAUACAUCCAUAAUGUGUUGCCAGUUCCAUAUUUAGAUAUUAAACAAUAAGUAGCUGAUGCAUGCCACCAUCUUCUCCAAAACAAGAUUAGAAGCAACAGUGCAACAGUGUAAAGAAUAAAGGAUGAUGACAUGUUUCUCAUUUGUCGGCAACUUAUUUAUAGAACUGAACCAAUAGAUGUCGUGUAACAAGUGUUUUUUCCCUGCAUCAGCCGGAAUAACGGAAAGGAUGUAGAUGAAAGAGGCACGCGCAAUGUAAAGAGAACCUUUUAGAGACGCCAUUGCGUUUGUGAGAUUGUAGUUUGAAUAUUUCUCUUCACGGAUGGAAAUCCAAUACAGCAAAUAGGUGAUCGAACUCCAAGCCCCAGGAACCUUUCUUCUCUUUUUUCUGUCAGAAUAGGGGGAGUAGUCACAGCUGGGACGAUAAUAAGAUGCGCAUGAAUUUACUAUUUGGCAACCACGAAUAGACUACAAGAGAAAGUUUCAAAAAGCAGAGAACUCGGUAAAGGGAGUCUUAGCGCGCGUUUAAACGUUUGUGCAAAUGCAUGUGGUUACACUGUUGCGCAUUUGUAUGGUUUAGCGAUAAGGCAACUUGAAUCUUCGUUUUCUUCGAUUGUUGGAGUUUUUGGAGAAGUUUCUGCUGUCCACUGGCCAUGAAUGCAAAGUUGCCUUUUUCAGAAGGUGAAGGUAAUGUAGGCCUAUGAUGUUUUAGACAUUUAUAGACGAUUGGAAUAGUUAAUUCAUAGUGAAGAAUAUUUCAAGAAGCUUUCACUGUGCAAAACCAGCUCUUGUAUAACUUGUUUGGCUGACAUUCGUGGACAUGUAGUCGUCUUCUGCCAGCAAUUCAAUCGUUGAGAAGCCUUGAUUCCAGAUGUUGGUUGUGCAUGAGAAUAGAUAAACAGAUAACAUGCCGUAAUGUAUGGUUCUUAAACGUAAUGCAUUGUUUGUACUUGCGCACCUCAAUUUUAAGUGUUGUUUACAAUAUAAUCGAAGUAAAAAAAUGUGGUCUACAAUUAUUUGAUUUGUUUAUUGUAUGCAAACGUUAGCCCUACCAUCAUGUUUAUUUCCCGUAAAUUGAAGCUCUUAUUGUUAUUGCAUAGCCUUAACAGCUUUGAUGUCAUGAUUUGUUUUGCUUGGUUGUUUUGUUGAAUAAUGUAAAAUGAUAAUGUAAUAAUGUACUGCAUCUGUUUUAUGACAGGUUUUCUGUGGUCAGGGCGGAUUUCUGACUCCAGUACUGUGAGGGGACACUAUUCAAGAACAUGAAGUUUGGAAUGGUGACCGCCUCUUGCAGUGAGAGUUGGAGAAUUGAUCUACCACGUCCGGAUCAUCCACAGUAUCUCAGCAGUGCAUACUGCAUACAUCUCUUGUCUUGGAGAGUGAGCGGAGGCCAUUUAGUGCAAUCAUCAGGCUUUGUCUGUGAAUUGAUUGCAGGGUAUCUGUCUGAGAAGGCAAUGGGGAGGAAAGUUUGACUAUUGCUAUUGACUAACACUGCUCAUGAUACUUUGAAGACCUUGCAUUUCAUGUCUCCUAGAAUGAGUAUUCAGUGUUUCUUCAACGUAGUGUCUGUGCUUAGUGGUUCAGUGGUGCCUCAUUUAACAAGGCAUCACUGACAGUUCCAUUACUUUACAUUUUGCAUCAUCAUCAUCUCUGCCAUUGGAAGAAACCCAAUGUCUGCCUGCAGCAGCUCAACUCCUCCGUCCUUUCCUAAAGCCUACCUCCACUCACAACUCCCAGCUGUGCCUCCGACCCCCUCACCAUCGCCGAGCCCCCCAGCACCCCUCUACAGCCGCCUGUCCAACGGGAGUCACAGGAGUCACACUCACAGUGCUCCCAGCCCCACCAACUCCCGCAGCUCUUUCCAUGGGGUGUCCUUUCUCCUCCAGAUCGGCCUGACCAGAGAGACGGUGAACCUGGAGAACCAUGACCUGUCGCUGUCUGCUGUCAAAGACCUGGUCUGCUCUAUAGUCGACCAAAAGUUCCCGGAGUGUGGCUUCUUUGGAAUGUAUGACAAGAUCCUGCUCUUCCGCCAUGACCUGACCUCUGAGAACAUCCUCCAGAGGCUGAUGUCAGCAGAAGAUAUCCAUGAGGGAGAUCUGAUAGAGGUGGUGCUCUCUGCUUUAGCCACAGUAGAGGACUUCCAGAUCCGGCCCCAUGCCCUCUAUGUCCACUCCUACAAAGCCCCCACCUUCUGUGACUACUGUGGGGAGAUGCUUUGGGGCCUCGUCCGGCAGGGGCUCAAAUGUGAAGGUUGUGGGUUGAACUACCACAAGCGCUGCGCCUUUAAGAUCCCCAACAACUGCAGUGGGGUGAGGAAGAGACGUCUGUCCAACGUGUCCCUGCCGGGCCCCUUGCUCUCAGUCCCCCGGCCCCUCCCCGGUCCCACUGAACAUGCUGUGGUCGUCCCGGAGGAGCGCUCCCACCAGGAGGCAGGGAAGAGGAUCUUGUCGUGGAGUGGCCGGCCCAUCUGGAUGGAGAAGAUGGUGCUGGGGCGAGUCAAGGUGCCUCACACCUUUGCCAUCCACACCUACACGCGGCCAACCAUCUGCCAGUACUGCAAACGCCUGCUCAAGGGCCUCUUCCGCCAGGGCAUGCAGUGCAAAGAUUGUAAAUUCAAUUGCCAUAAGCGGUGUGCCUCAAAGGUACCAAGAGACUGCUUGGGCGAGGUUUCCUUCAAUGGAGAGCCUGCCAGCCCAGGGCCUGACUCUGACAGCACCAUGGAGGUGGAUAGUAGUGAUGUGGAGAGCACUAGAGGACUACUGGAUGACUCUGACGAACCUUCAACCCCAGACGACAAGAUGUUCUAUAUGGACUCUCCUUUUCUGGACCGCGAGAAGGACGAGGAGCCCAUCAAGACCAUCAGCCCAUCCACCAGCAGUAACAUCCCUCUGAUGCGGGUGGUCCAGUCCAUCAAACAGACCAAGAGGAGGAGCUCCACCAUGGUGAGGGAGGGUUGGAUGGUCCACUACACCAGCAGAGACAACCUGAGGAAGAGACACUACUGGAGGCUGGACACCAAGAGCCUCAGCCUGUUCCAGAACGACACUGGAGCCAAGUUCUAUAAGGAGAUCCCUCUCUCAGAGAUCCUGCAGGUGGAACAGUCGAGGGACCUCAGCAGCCUAACCCAGGGCAGCAACCCACACUGCUUUGAAAUCAUCACCUCCACCAUGGUCUACUAUGUAGGGGAGAACCAAGGGGGCCACUACGACAGCCCCACGCUGGCAGCUUCAGGCGUGGGCAUGGAGGUGGCCCAGGGCUGGGAGAAGGCCAUCCGGCAGGCCCUGAUGCCUGCCACGCCCCAGCCCAGUGUGGCUACCGCAGCCGGGCAGGGUAAGGACCACAAACAGGAGUUGUCUGUCAGCAUAUCUGUGUCCAACUGCCAGAUACAGGAGAAUGUGGAUAUCAGCUCGGUGUACCAGAUCUUCUCUGACGAGGUUCUAGGAUCUGGACAGUUUGGGAUUGUGUAUGGAGGGAAACACAGAAAGACUGGAAGAGAUGUUGCCAUCAAGGUGAUUGACAAGAUGAGGUUCCCUACCAAGCAGGAGAGCCAACUGAGAAAUGAAGUGGCCAUUCUCCAGAACCUUCACCAUCCUGGCAUCGUCAACCUGGAGUGUAUGUUCGAGACGCCAGAGAGGGUGUUUGUUGUCAUGGAGAAGCUCCAUGGAGACAUGCUGGAGAUGAUCCUGUCCAGUGAGAAGAGCAAGCUCCCAGAACGGAUCACCAAGUUCCUGGUCACACAGAUCCUGGUGGCUUUGAGACAUCUGCAUUUCAAGAACAUCGUCCACUGUGACCUGAAGCCUGAGAACGUGCUGCUGGCCUCGGCAGAACCCUUCCCUCAGGUUAAACUGUGUGACUUUGGCUUUGCCCGUAUCAUCGGUGAGAAGUCGUUCAGGCGUUCGGUGGUGGGUACCCCAGCCUACCUGGCCCCAGAGGUGCUGCGUAGUAAGGGCUACAACCGCUCCCUGGACAUGUGGUCAGUGGGGGUCAUCGUUUACGUCAGCCUCAGCGGCACCUUCCCCUUCAACGAGGAUGAGGACAUUAACGAUCAGAUCCAGAACGCUGCCUUCAUGUACCCACCCCAGCCAUGGAAGGAGAUCUCUGCAGAAGCUACUGAUCUCAUUAAUAACCUCCUACAAGUGAAGAUGAGGAAGCGGUACAGUGUGGAAAAGUCCCUCAGCCAUCCUUGGCUACAGGAUUACCAGACAUGGCUGGACCUCAGGGAGUUUGAGACAAGGCGUGGCGAGCGUUACAUCACCCACGAGAGUGAUGAUGUGCGCUGGGAGGAGCAUGCAGACGAGCACAGCCUGGUCCAUCCUAAACACUUCAUCAUGGCGCCCAACCUGGACGAUAUGGAGGAGGACCCCUAGUGGCCUGGAGGACAUGUUACAGGCUACAGGUGUGGCCAAGAUGAAAACGACAGGAAACUCUGCAGGUUAUGGACCUUUGGAAGCAUUCCCUUUAAAACUGGUUGGGAAAGGAUCAGACACCCCUGUGCAGGGGCUGUGUGACAGGGAGAUAUUCUGACCCAAGACUCUGUGGUUAGACACUGCCACAGGGAACAGACUGGUGGUACUGUGGAGGCACCUGAUUCUCUUUAUGACAAGGCAGUGUAACCAAAAACCCAAAGGACUUUUUUUGUUGUAUUUUUUGUUUAUGUUGUAGAAUCAUUCUAUGAUGAAGCUCAAUUUCAUUGCUCCUUUAAGGAAAUACAUAAUUAUUGCAAGGCAAAGGACAAUUCAAGUUGAAGAGAUGCAAUUUCCUCAACAUUGGGAGUGAAAGUAAUGGUAUGCCGUUCUACCUGUGAAGGGCUUACAGAGUGAGCUUAAAGGGCACUUUUUACAAGGGAUUUGUAUCUACAGAAAGAUUGGAAUGCUUAGGUAUUUGCAGACAUAACUUUGUGCUUAUACAAAGAUUGUUUUUAAAGUCCUUUGACGGUAUGAAACUGGAACUAUCAUUUGUAUGUAGAUGUAUUUUACUAAUGGGGUACAUUUUUUUGCACUAUACUACCAUCCACCCUAACAAUUUGAAGGUGAAAAGUUAAAGCUGCUACAUCAGGUUCCCUGGAGAAAACUACCAAAGGACAGAAAUGGUUGACUGCAUCACAACUUGAAGUUUGUGUUAAGAGCUUGAUACAGUAAUUCCUACAGUAAGUGAGUAGGAUAACGUUUGUGAAAAGGGCUGCAAUACAAAAUGCCAUUAGUAGAGCACCUGUCAUAUAAGCAAGUAAAUCGAAAGCUGAGGGACCAAAGACUGCAUCCAACUCGUUGAUAUUAUUGAUGUUCUGUUUUCUCACAGACCAUGACCAAUAACUAAUCUGUUUUUAUAAUGACAGUCUUAUCAUUGUGGCUCACUCUACUUCAUUGACUAGUAAAUGGCUUUACUACGUACAUUCCAAGCAGGAUUGAAAACAAACCUGGUGAUGGGACUACCACACCUUCAAAGUAUUACAGUAGCUGUCUACUGUAUGUGAAAGAGGCUGGGUUGAACCAAGGACACUCCAGGUCAUUGUAUCAGGCUACACCAGCUGAACAGGAGCGACUGGGAAAUGGGCUUACUACAGGGCUUAUCAUGGGACCAAGCCUUCAUGACAAGGGCUCCAUAUUGGCAUGAUGAAUGCCAAUACCAAGCAUGGGUUCAAGGUAUACAACAUUGUUCUAUCCAUUCAUUUGAAUUUGUGAAGCAAGCGGAGAGAUGAGAAACACAUUUUACUCACUGAGUGUUUGGAAAGAAUAGCCUGUUGUGAGCAUCUUUUUACUGUGUUUUUCUAUAAAAUGUUCAAGAUGUUUAAUUUCUUUUAUUUUCCUUCUAUUUUCAUGGAGUUGAUCUUGAAUAUCACAGUUGACACACCUCUAAUUCUGGAAUAUGUCACGUGCAUUGCACUGUUGGUUUCUCAAUUAACAUUCCUGUACUGCUUUUGAGUGCUUUGUCUCCUCCAAGGUUACCAAAGUAUGUUUAAGCCAAAAUGACAUUUUGAUUUGAAUACCAUUAACUACAUUUCAAGGCCUGUGUCCAUUUCAAGCAGUCCCUAGGCCUAGAGGAAGAUGUAGCCAAAAGCCUGUGGUGUUAGUUGGCUGUUAACUGGGAGCAUAGAUCCUGGUUCAGGCUGGUUGUUAUUCUGGGAGAAUGGAGGUGGAUCUAUUCCCAGUUUCCUGUUCUUGUCUGUGUUGCCGCUGGAUUGGCAGAUGUCAGUGUUUUGUAUAUUUUAGUACAUACACAUUUAAUAAAACUCUACUUCUUUACAUA